UAUUGAAAUUAUUAAUAUGCCGGAAGACCUUAACCUCCAUUUGAACUCUGUUUUGCCGCUUACGCGACCUCGCCGAAAAAUGUAUUUACGCUAAAAUACGUUUACAUUAUCGCGCAAUUUAACAAGAAGCUCAUUCUUUAUCUCUGGUGUCGCUUAUCAACAUCAGUGAUCAAUCAUUCUGCGCGAAUUACACGCUGCAAAGUUGAUUUCCUAGGGAGAUUUAACCUGUAAACACGCGUGGUCUCUUUGAGGUUAUAUUUGUUUACGUGAAUAUUUCACGGAUUGAGUAGAAUAUUCCGCUCCAAAGUGGAUUAAACGGAAUCUCAAGGUUUCCGUAGAUGACAAUCACAAUAAGCACUGCAGAAAGGAACAUUGUAAGCAAUAUGCCUACGUGGAAUCAGAUUCAGGCUCAGCUGCGAAAUCCCAACAAUCCGGUUGUCUUUUUCGACGUGUCCGUAGGCACCACAGAAAUAGGUCGUAUGAUCUUCGAGUUAUUCGAGGAUGUGUGCCCGAAGACGUCAGAGAAUUUUCGACAAUUCUGCACCGGUGAAUACAGGAAGGAUGGGGUUCCGCUGGGUUUCAAAGGUGCCAUCUUCCACAGAGUGAUCAAGGAUUUCAUGAUACAAGGCGGCGACUUCGUCAACGGCGAUGGUACCGGGGUGUUGAGUAUCUAUAGCGGUGGAACGUUCCCAGAUGAGAACUUCACCCUGAAGCAUGACUCUCCUGGUCUAUUGUCUAUGGCUAAUAGCGGCAAGGAUACCAAUGGCUGUCAGUUUUUUAUUACAUGCGCCAAGUGUAAUUUUUUGGAUGGCAAGCACGUAGUCUUUGGCAGAGUGAUCGAUGGUCUGCUUGUUAUGAGAAAAGUGGAGAAUGUUCCUACUGGACCGAAUAAUAAGCCAAAAAUUCCAGUUACGAUAUCUCAAUGUGGACAGAUGUAGUAGUAAAUGUGUUAUUUAUUUAUAUCUGUAUAAACUCACAUUAUUGAUGUAAUUGUAUGUGUCUGUCCACUAAAAAAAAUUAUAAAAAUAAAAUUUUUAUUUUAUAUAAAACUGCU